AUAUCCGCAGUAGUCUUGGUUCAUACCAAUUACCAUAGAUAAAGAAUGAAAACAAACACCCAUAAGUGUCUGUAAGCAACGAAGGUCGAAAAUUCUAUAUGUACUAAGGAACCAGAAGAUUCAACGAUGUUGCACGUAGUUUGUAACCACUUCCCCCAAAAGCCAAGUAAGGCCAAUGAAAACAGUUGGUACAGACCACCGGCGCCGCAUUUUCAGAUACUCACCUACUCAUCCUCACAUCGAGGGGCAAGGUUUACUUCAAUUCAAUAACCGGUCGACACACCCAAUGCAGCGGGAUGGUUUUGUCUCUUGACUGUCUUCCCGAAGAGAUACUCCACACUAUUCUAUGCUACUGCCAUCCCAGUUCCGCGGCUGCACUACAACGAACAGCCCAUCGAUUCAAAUAUGUUACCAAUGAACCCCUGCUUUGGCGGUUCUACUGCCAGGCACACUUCAAGCACUGGGAUAGCAAGCAUGAUAUAUCACGAAAACUCUCAGCACCUACCCGUGCCAUUGACUGGAAGACUUUAUACGUAUCCAGACACCAGAUCGACUGCAUAACUAGUCAUCUCCUGGAUAGCAUACUUGCAGGGCAAACUGGGAGAAUCGAAAAGUUCCGAACAAUUGUCGACUUCGGAUAUGAUAUUAAAGACACACUCAUAAGGAACAUUACAUCAGAUCUCGAGACAGAUGACUGUCUAGCAAGAAGGUACUAUGCCAAGGCGCUUCUGACUUGCCUACACCGGCGUAUUGCGUUACCAGUAUGGGCGAGGCUAAGGAACGGUGAAAAUGUGACCCUGGAACAAGCAUUGGGCGCCUUUGACCUUUUCAUUCCAGAAAGCGGAUAUGGAAGUCUCGACGAAAUAACAAACAAACUCGACGAGAUCGUUGGGCGGCUUUCGUCGUCUUAUGCCAACAUUAACAUGUUUACAUCCCGCGAGAAGGCGAGAGCGGUCGCGGUAUAUCUGAGGUCAAACAACCUGAUGGGUAUCCAACCGGAGCGGGAAUACCAUUGCCUAGAGCACAACUUCCUUGGGCUUGCACUGAACGACCCGCACCACAAUUCACUCCCCCUAGUGUCUGCGGUAAUAUAUUGCCACGUUGCACAGAGACUUGGUUUAAAUGCCCGACCUUGUGGGUUCCCUUUCCACGUGCAUGUCAUAGUCAAACCGCCACCAGGGUUCGAUGUGGAUGGCAAUGUACUCGGGCUCGACGCUUACGGAGAUCCUAUCUAUAUGGACCCAUUUCGCUCGGACAGGGAGACACCAGUCACAAACCUACGGAAUCAGCUGAACUAUCUAGGUGCGUCUACCUCAGAGCAAUUGACCUUCCUCGGUGAAUCUCGGAUCUCGGAAAUUGUUCUACGAUGUAGCAAGAAUAUCCUGAAUUCGAUCCAGCGUGUGUCACAGUUUCAAGGCGCAAAUCUGGUACAGGUGGAUGCCUUCAGUGCGAAGUAUGCCGCUCUUUGGUCGACAAUGCUUCUUUCCGAUCCUUCCCGGCCGGCGGAGUUCCGACCUUAUCUACCCUGGUUGAUGGAGCUGUUCGCGACGGAGUUCCCAUCAGAUAUUUAUCUCAUCGAACAGUAUGUAGCUCCGAUGUUUCGUGGGCUGCUCGAAUAUGAGCAUAUCCUAGAAAGCCUCCACGUCAUGCGAGCAGUGGAUGAAAUCCCCAAACAAGUGAAGAGGCGCUGUUCAAGCCCAUGUAAUGUGAAUUACCACGUCGGCCAGGUUUUCCGGCAUCGUCGCUAUGAUUACAAAGCUAUCAUAACUGGCUGGGACACCGAAUGCGACGCUGGCGAACAAUGGAUGAGGAGGAUGGGGGUAGAUCGCCUGCAGGGCGGUAGACACCAAAGCUUCUACCACGUUCUUGUCGAGGAUAGAAGCGUGCGGUAUGUAGCAGAGGAGAAUAUUGAGCUUAUAGCUCCUCAUAUCUCUGAGUUACCUCAAACCCUGACUGCAGUAGCAGGGAGGCAUUUCAAGCGAUGGGAUGAGGAAACUCGGUCCUUUGUGAGCAACAUCAAAGAUGAGUAUCCUGAUGACUGAAUGUUAUAUAUGUGUACUUUGCUGUGUAGCUUUUUCAAAUUAUGAUAUAGAUUAAAAACCAUUCUUAAUCUGAAUCUGUAUGGCAAAUCACAAACUUAUACUCAUCUUCUGCAGCUAAAUUAUAU